AUGUGUUGCUCACCAGGGAUGGACAAAUUGCCAACAAUGUGGUGCAUUGUCCUGUUUUCCAUUUUGCCAUGGGUUUAUGCCGAGCCUACUAUGUAUGGGGAGAUACUGUCCCCAAACUAUCCUCAGGCAUACCCCAAUGAGGCAGAGAAAACUUGGGAUAUAGAAGUUCCUGAAGGGUACGGGAUCCAUCUCUACUUCACCCAUCUGGACAUAGAGCUGUCAGAGAAUUGUGAUUAUGACUCGGUGCAGAUAAUAUCAGGAGGCGUUGAAGAAGGGAAAGUCUGCGGAAAGAGGACCAGUAAGAAUCCCAACUCCCCAAUCGUGGAAGAGUUCCAAGUCUCAUCUAAUCAAAUCCAGGUGAUCUUUAAGUCGGACUUCUCCAAUGAAGAGCGUUUCACUGGGUUUGCUGCAUACUAUGUUGCCAUAGAUAUCAAUGAGUGCACAGACUUUUCAGAUGCCCCUUGUAGCCACUUCUGCAACAACUUCAUUGGUGGUUACUUCUGCUCCUGUCCCCCAGAAUACUUCCUCCAUGAUGAUAUGAAAAAUUGUGGAGUUAAUUGCAGUGGGAAUGUGUUCACUGAACUGAUUGGGGAGAUCACAAGUCCCAAUUAUCCUAAUCCAUACCCAGAGAAUUCAAGGUGUGAAUAUCAGAUCCUGUUGGAGCAGGGUUUCCAAGUGGUGGUGACUUUGCGGAGAGAAGAUUUUGAUGUGGAACCAGCUGAUUCAGAGGGCAACUGCGUUGACAGUUUAGUUUUUGUAGCAAGAGACCAGCAAUUUGGUCCUUACUGUGGAAAUGGAUUCCCUGGGCCACUAAAUAUUGAGACCAAUAGUAAUGCUCUUGAUAUCAUCUUUCAAACUGACCAAACAGGACAGCAAAAGGGCUGGAAACUUCGUUAUCGUGGAGAUCCAAUCCCCUGUGCUAAAGAAUUCACUGCCAAUUCUGUUUGGGAGCCACAGAAGGAAAAAUAUGUAUUCAAAGAUGUGGUGAUGAUAACCUGUCUGGAGGGGUUCGAAGUUGUACAGGAAAGUGAUAGCUUGAGAUAUUUCUAUUCUACUUGUCAAAGCAAUGGAAAGUGGAGUAAUUCCAAACUGAAGUGUGAACCUGUGAACUGUGGCUCUCCUGACCCCAUUCAGAAUGGUAAAGUUGAAGAACCAGAAGAUACUAUAUUUGGUUCCGUUGCUCGCUACACUUGUGAUGAGCCAUAUUACUACAUGCAGAAUGAAGAAAAUGGGGAGUACCACUGUGCUGGAAACGGAAGCUGGGUGAAUGAUGUGCUGGGCACAGAGCUGCCACAAUGUGUUCCAGUCUGUGGAGUUCCCAGUGUGCCCUUUGUAGGAACACAGAGGAUAUUUGGAGGAUCUCCUGCAGAUAUCAGAAGUUUCCCUUGGCAAGUCUAUUUUGCAAACCCACGGGCUGGUGGGGCUCUCAUUGAUGAGUAUUGGGUGCUGACAGCUGCCCAUGUCGUGGAGAAAAAUCGGAAUCCAGAAAUGUAUGUUGGGACUACCUUAGUGAAUUAUGACAAACGGAAAAAUUCCCAGAUGCUCAUUCCUGAACGUGUGAUUAUUCAUCCGGAUUGGACCUUCCUAGACGACCCGGACACACGGAGGGAUUUUAACCAUGACAUUGCGCUGAUACGGCUUAAAGACCCAGUGAAAAUGGGACCCACUGUGUCCCUUAUCUGCCUGCCAGGCAAAUCCUCAGCAUACGACCCCUCAAUGGGAACCGUGGGACUGAUUUCAGGCUGGGGCAGAACGAAAGAUAGAAAUUAUGUUCUAAAGCUCCAAGGGGCAAAGAUACCCAUUACUCCUUUACAAAAGUGCCAGGAGGUGAAGGUAACAAAUCCAAAACUGGAUCUAAAAAGCUAUGUUUUCACUGACAACAUGAUCUGUGCUGGAGGAGAGAAAGGUGUUGAUAGCUGUGAAGGGGACAGUGGGGGGGCCCUUGUUCUACCGGUCCCCAAUGAAAAUAAUUCCAAAUUCUAUGUAGCUGGCUUGGUGUCCUGGGGCCCCCAAUGUGGGACCUAUGGGAUCUAUACACGAGUGAAGAACUACAUUGACUGGAUAACGAAGACUAUGCGGGAAAAUAGUACCCCCAGUCUGGACUGA